AUGGUCAGCUGGGAACAGAUGAGAAGACAUUGGAUUGGCUUUGCUUAUAAAAUUUCAGAAGAAACAGGUAGAAAUGUCAAAACGUAUUUAAACAAGUUCGUUGCAAACAAUCGUGGAUUUUCCUUUACUAUAACACAGUUGUACGACGAGCUGUUUCACGUUUGUAUCACAACUGACCAAUGUUUAGAUAUCAAACGUAAAUUAGAAAAGAAGUUAAAGACGUUCGAGCUAAAGUUACCAGACGUUCGAACACAGGAAUUGUUUCCUGGAGGAGCAAGGCAACAAAAAUCGGUUAGAAACGCUCAUGAAUUCCGCCAAUUACGUGAAAACGAUGUGGCUGAAAUGAACAAACCGAUUAUCAGAAGAAAACACGAAGAAGCACAAAAUCACUUUGUCUUGGUGAGAAAUGCUUUCAGUAUACAGGAUGAAAAAGAUUUCUUGGCAUUUGAUAUCGAGGCGUACGAGCACGAUCACUCGCAGGUUCUUGAAAUCGGCUACGUCAUUGUUCGUUUCUCGCCUGUACGACAUCGCACAGAAGGUAAUCUUCCCAAGGCAGAAGUGAUCAGUCGGGAACAUCUGAUAAUUGAAGAGAAUCUUCACUUCAAGAACAAAGAUAACGUUCCAGACAACAGAGAUGGAUUCAAGUUUGGUGUUUCGAAAACCUUGUCGCUGGAGGAUGCAGUGGAAAGGUUUUUAUUUGUAAAUUAAGGGCGAUUUAGACUACAACUUUUGCCUAAAACCGUCCCAUGCAACCUGCUUAAAACUUUAGUUAUUACUGUGUAAAUCAAGCACAAAUACUUUAAACAUGUAAAUCAAGAGCCAUACAGUUAAAAUGUUACCCAGUAAAUUAUUAUAAUCAUCAUUUUCGUGUGCGAGGAGACCUUCUCCAUGAAAUAUUUUUAAUUGGGUUUCAACGGAUGUCUAUCACUUUUCUAUUUACUGAGGUUCAUUAUUAGUUCAUAUUAUUUUAUAUUUCAAAUGUUUACACUCGUUAAGGCGUGUUUACACGGUGAAAGUUUCUGUGAUCCAAUAGGAAUUUUGCUAGGGUAAACUGUAAGUUUUAAAGGAUUUGUAAGAAAUGUUUGAGGGAAUUGACUCACUGUUUAACACAGUCAGUUUCCUCAAACAUUUCUUACAAAUCCUUCAAAUUUACCUAUGCAAAAUUCCAACUGUGAUCACAGAAACUUUGAAAGUGUAAACCAGCCCUUAAUCUUCCCUUAAUAUCAUGAUUAUCAUUACUAUUAUUACUAUUAUUUAAAGGUUUCGUGAAGAUGUAAGAGAAAGUGAUUACAUUCUUGGUCAUUCAGUAAAACAUGACGAUGCUUACCUCAGAAAUAUAGGCGUCGAUUUGAGCGUCCUUGGUAAAGAUAUGUUCGACACUCAAGUCGUCCAAACCUACAAGGAAAGUUUGAAAGAAAGUGAGAAAUAUUUCAUGCGUGGUCUGUCUCAUUUGUUGAGAGAAUACAAGGUUAAUUAUCAAAAGAGUGAUCUACAUAACGCUGGUUGUGAUGCCUUCUACACGAUGAUGGUGUUUCUACGACAGAUAGAAUACAGUGCUGAGGAAGUCAAUACCAUCAUCGCAUCUCAAUGGGAACGCACAGAUUUUCUUAGGAAUAUUGAUUUUAAUAACAGUAACCACAUCGAAUGUAUUUUAGUUUAGUACUUUGUUUUAUCUUAAUACUAUAAAAUUUGUAAAAUUAUCUUAAUAUUGAAAUUUAGAUAUA